AUGCUUGAGGGAAAAGGAAGCUACAUUUACUGGCGUGUGGCGUGUGUUCCAAGAAGCUGCAACAUGGAUAUCUUCAAGCUGAACCCGUUUGCAGUGAAACCCAAGCCGUGCUGGGCGCUCUCCAUUCCACUAUCUCUGGUGCUAACCACGGCGGUGGGCCUUGGGACAGCCUUUUUCAUUAUUGCUAACUUAACCCUUCUUACCGAGCCCACGGUAACCGAGAAAAUCAAGGCGGCCGCGCCGCCAUUACCGUUCAUCUACUUGUGCCCCAGCAAGCGGCCGUACACAAUGUCAGGACCAAUCUACGUGGGCUGCGGAGAUAACAUCUCCGAUACUGCAUACCCCCUGCAAAGAACUCCCGACGGCAUCAGCACCCGCGCCGGGGGGCUGUGCACCCUCCAGCAGCUUGUGACGAUCAAGAUAAUGGACCGGGACGUGGGCGGCCCGGUUGACACUCAGUGCGUGGUGUUCCAGCACAUCGUAGCGAACAAGGACAUCCCCUGGAAGACGCAGGUUUACAUGAUGCUCUCGCGUAACCAAUUUACGGCAGGGCUCUCGACGACGACUCUCGACACCGUUCCAAUGGGUUUAAACGCCUACCUCUCGGUUUACGGCCCUGGCAACAUUAACGACACCUUCAGCCUGGAAGCGAAUCAGGGUUUCCUGCGAAACGUGGUCGAGAUAAACAAGGUCAACGGCCUGCAGAAGUACGAGGAGGGCGCAUUCUUCCUCCCGGUUUCGGUGCUGUCCGCGUUCAAGGUGCAGAAGAUCAGCCGCAUCUUCCAGGUGCAUUCGGCGCGGUCGCUAAGAACCUUCGCCAAGGGAAGCAAGCCGAAGCUUAUUGGGCUCACCGGCGUCGACGGUUCGACCACCGCGCCGCUGCCCAACCUAGUUAGGGCUUUUGCAGCUGCAUCUGAAAUUGUUACCACCUCUUUGCAGAUCAUCAAGUUCACCGGCGUCGACGGCUCGACCAAAGCGCCCCUGCCCAACCUAAUCAUCAGAUUCACCGGCGUCGACGGCUCGACUAACGCGCCUCUGCCCAACCUAGUUCCCGGCCUCAUCCGGCUGCACGGCGUCGCGGCCGCGGACGCGGACGACUUCGAAGCCGCGGCCGCGUCGAUCAGCAUCAGUUUCGACGAAGUUAAGUACACCGAGAUCAACCAGGUCGGGGUUAUCCUGCUGCUCGUGGGGAUCAUCCCGGUGUAUCUAGGCAUGGCGGCGAAACUGUGGGCGUGGGUCUUCGCGCCGUUUCCCAAGCCGGGCCCUGCUCCAAGCCAGCACUUUUUGGGGUACCUCCGGAAAGCCCCCGAGGAGCCGAAGAAGGACGAGGAAGCGGUGCCGGCGGGGGACGAGAUGACGGAACAGUUUAUGAAGAAGUAA